AUGUCGGGGAAACGAAAACGACUGGCUUCCUUCGCCAGCGACCUCAGCGUACCACCACCUUCAGCGCAGACCAUCAACCCUCACAGCUACCCGCCCGCAAAGCUUGCACAGUUUGCUGUGGCGGGCCUUUCAGAUGCCGACCACGAUCCGGGCCAGGAAAUCAAAGACUUUCCGCACCGUGGACUCAGCCACAAGCCUGCUGAGCCUGCAUUAGAAUCAGACUACGAGACAGCGGCGGACUCGGACUCGGAAGGAGACGAUGAUGCAGAGCCGCGGACGACAAAACCAGAAGGAGCGCCAGAUGCGCACCGAAGGCAUUUGGCUCUCCUCACCAGGUCAAUACAUCAAUUUCUUGGCCAGGGCGAUGUGACCAAGGCAGCACGUGCAUUUGGGCUGGCGAUGCAGCUGCACCCGAAAUCUCGCCCAGUGGACAUUCGCCAUGACAACCUCUGGGCGCUCGGCGCAGAGAUCAUUAUGCGCGAGGGCGAGGAGCAGCGCAACGAAAUGUGGCGGAGUCAUCAGAGCUCGGACAACAACGAAGAUGAAGAUGAGGAGACGCGCGCCCGAGAUGGAUUUCAAAUUCCCAUGCGCUGGGGCUCCGCUGCCAAUAUGAACAAAUUGAGGGUAUACCUUGAGACGCUGAUCCAGCAGUACCCUUACGACCACAGGGCGCCAAAGAAAAUAUCAUCGCUACACUUUAAUAUAAGUCUAUACAGCUGCGAGAUUUACAACAUCUAUUCUGAGCACGCAGCCAACCUUUCUGGUGCCGGUGCGGAUGCGGACCACUCUCUGGUGGACGCUUCCUUGGUUGAUGAGGAUGCUGAACUGCGACUGGAGACGCUGGUCGAGGAUGAGAGCUUUCACGCCCCCAGACCACGGCGGACAGAGACAGCUUCGAACCACAUGGAUAAGAUCAGGAUGCAAACCUUGGCCACCAUCAAGGCCGUGGCCACGCGCAUGGACGCCCUCAUGCGAGAGCCUCCGUACGUCAAGAACCAUGAAAUGCUCAGGCUGCGCGCCACGGCCUCGCUGUUCAUGGCCGACCUGGCAGUCCCGUUCGAUAGGGUCGCCUACUCUCUGGAGCUGCGCGACGUCAACGAGCAGCGACGCCGGGACAUUGAGGCGGCCAGACGAUUGCUGCAGACGAUUCUGGGAGGUGGCGGGGCUUUGGAUGAAGCUUCUCUGGCACUGGCACUGGCCGACUCGGACGAUAUCGACGAGAGCCUGCCGAUUGCGUCGCAGAUUUAUUCCGCCUUGCCGAUUCGCAAAGCGUGA